AUGAAAAAAAAAAAACUUUAAUCAAAAUAAUACUCUUUAUUUUCAAUCAAACCAUCUUACUUAGAAAAUUAUGUUAUGUAUUUGAAAACAAAGCCUGAUGAAAAGUUAUUGAAAUGGGCAAUAUUAGAUGAUUCGAUCAAAAAAGUUUUACCUAAACUAAUGGAUUAUUAUUUGGCACACCGAAAUUAGUACCUUUACUAAAUCUUCAAUUUUGGAAGAAAUAAACAAUUUGAGAGAAAAUAAAAAUAUACCUUCAAAUUAAAGUUCUUUGUCUUUAUAUUCUGUUUAUAAAUAAAGAUCAUUAUAUUUUUAAAGAACAUUUCAUUUUGA